GUUUAUGUGUAAAUAGAUUUGGAAGAACGCGAUAGUUUGACCAGUUCGGUUAGCGAAGAAGAAAACUCCGACACGAUGAAAACAUCCGAGGAAGUAGAUUUCGAAAAGGAAUUCCGACCGGAUGACGUUGAAUUGUGUCACGCUGCGACUAAAAUCCAAGCUUCAUUCCGAGGUCAUAUGACUAGGAAACAGCAGGCUGGCGGAAAAGAUGAGCCCGGCGCUACCGCUUCUGCUUUAACUUCUAAAGACGAGACUCUUGAAUCACAGUUGAAAAACGUCGAUAUAAACAAGGACGCGGACCAAGAUCAGCUGUUGGACGUGGACUUGGCCGAUCCGGAGCUGCACAAAGCCGCUACGAAGAUUCAGGCAUCGUUCCGCGGGCACAAAGCUCGAAAGGCUGACGAUGGAAUCGAUAACAAGCAAUAGGACCGCCGCUGCUGUAUAAAAUUUCCAUUAUUAUUAUUAAUAUUAUUUUUUUUUCUUACAUUCAAUAAUGCUAUAUGGUAAUAAUGAUAAUAUCUAUCGAGGACAGAUGAGUUAAUUCAGCAUAAUAGGUACGACAACUGCAAUUGUUAUACUACACAUUUGUUUGGUCAUUAUUAUUAUUAUUAUUAUUAUUAUUAUCAUCAUCAUAGUAAUUUUCGAUAAUAUUAUUUUAUAUAUUUCACUGCGGAUGUAGGAGAGGAAACGUUUUAUUAAAAUUACAUUUACUACAUUUAAUAUAUAGGUUUUCCAACGCUGUCGUGACAAGUUUCUUAUUAGGUUCAGCAACAUAACAUUAUGCCAAUCGGUUCGUAAACCACAGCAUUAGAUACCUAUAUAUUAUUAAACUAAUUAAAUAAAGUAUUGUUCAAUUUUUUUCUCUUAAGCUAAUAACAUUCCUUUUCCGCCAUCUUCGUCUUAUAUUAUAAUACAGUCAUAAUAUUUUAUUCAUUUCCACUGUAUCGAUUAUGACCAACGUAAAAUUCGUAUAAAUGUGUAAUUAUUAUUAUUGUUAUUUUUACUAUUAUUAAUAUAAUUAUUAAUAUGUAUAUUUUAAAACACG